AUGAAAGCGUUUAAGCACAGACUAAUAUCUGCAGCAGACACUCAGUACCCAGCAUCACUGUUGAAGUCCAUCAAUGAUGAGCGACAAAGCGGUUUAUUCUGUGAUGUCACCAUAAUUGUGCAAGACCGCAAGUUCAAGGCGCACAAAUGUGUACUGUCCUCCUCAAGUACCUAUUUCCGUCAACUUUUCGCAGUUGCUGGACAAGUUAUAGAGCUGAACUUCAUCAAGGCAGACAUAUUCGAUGUGAUCUUGAAUUACAUAUACACGUCUAAAAUCUACAGAGUUCGCUCGGACAGACUUGAGGAUCUCAUCAGCGCCGGUCAGGCUUUGGGAGUGACGUUCAUAGCCAGUUUAGGAACGCCGCUCGCUCAAGUCAAAGGUUUACCUGGCCUGUCCAAAGAAAGUGAGAACAACAGCAUCAAUUCCUCUGAGAAGAAUGACACCGGAGGUGAGAAUAUGCCAAUCAUUACUGAGACAUUCUCACUGUCCGCUGAAGAGUUCAACAUGGCGUGCGUUAAUACGGAAAAGGAAGUGGACUCAGACAGCGAUGAUGUUCUUUUCGUCUCAAAAACAGAGGCCCCUCAAGCUCAAAAGACCAAGAUAUCAAACGUUAAUGACAAAGAAGGAGGGCCAGAAGCUAAAAAACUAAAAAUGACAAACGAGCAAGAAAUUGCCUCUAAAGAUUCAACAGCCCAAGAGAGAAACAACAAGCUUUCUUCUGAAAGAAAUACAUCACUCCAAAAUAACUUUGAGCCCCAGCCCGAUGUUGUGAUCCUCUCAGAUCCAGAAUCCAGUAGCAGUGCUCUCACUUCACCAGUAACGAGCUCAAACAGCGAACCCACCACCCCAGCUGGUGUGAACAGCCUUCCUCCUGAUCCUCACAGCACCUCGCUGCCUCUAGACAACAACGAAGUGCUCGGAGUCCAAAAGAAAAAGGUCCUUCUAGAGCACUCGCCUGAUCAUCCUGGAAAAAUCAGACUGUCGGAUGUAAGGCCGAUGUAUAGCACUAAUAAUGGACCAGUACCAGCAAUGAACAUAGUCCCGGCGGUGUUGGAGAAAAAGACGAUAACAUUAGACAAAGCCUCAGAAAUCGAUUCGCUAUCGCCGGGUUGUAAAGUGUACGCCAACAUCGGCGAAAACACCUACGACAUUGUUCCAGAAAAAGAGGAUCCUGUAGAGGGAUCGGCUCCUGGUAGGAAAUCGCAAACACCACACGGUGUUCCCAGUGUGAGCAAUCACUCGCCUCAAGGAAAGAAAAAAUCAAAGCUGGAUCAGGAGGAUCACUACGAACUUAUCAUGGAUGGAAAGACCUUUUACGUGUGCAUCGUGUGCAAGCGUCCCUAUGUGUGCCUGACGAGCCUCAGGCGGCACUUUAACACUCACUCAUGGGAACGAAAGUAUCCGUGCCAUUACUGCAGCAAGGUUUUUGCCCUGGCCGAGUACAGAACCAAACAUGAAAUCACUCACACGGGCGAAAGACGGUACCAGUGUUUACUGUGCAAUGAAACCUUUCUCAAUUAUCAGAUUUUGUCCACCCACUGCAAGCAAACGCACAACCAAGACCCGUCGGGAAGGAAAGAGAAAGAUGACUCGUGUAACAACUUGUAUCGGCUGCUGCCGUGUAAAACGUUGCAGUUCAAACCGUAUUCCUUCGUGUCCGAAGAGCCGGGAGGGAUUCCGGUGAUUGGUGAAGAUGGGACUGUCCAACAUGUAAACCCCGACAAAGAGCACUUUACCAACCAGCCACUUCCAGCUAGCCAAAGCAAAGCACUGACCUGGGACGACAUCUUUGUAGAAUCCGAAGCACAAAACAGGCCGGCGGCUUCACCUCCGCGCCCUAUCGACCAAAUAAAUGCAGAAACCAGGAAUGAAUUUGAGUUUGUUAUACCAGAGACGUACUGAGCAUGCUUGUGCACUGCUCUGGCUCAGGUGCCUUGUUCCUUUGUACGUGUUUUAAUUUGAGAGGCGAGUGGUCGUGGUUCUUUGGACCAUUUGAUUGAAAACUCAACUUCAGUAUCCAUCAACUCAUGAAAGUUGUUUCAAGGUGCUUUAAUGUAUAUUUAGACAAUGUAUUACUUAGUGCUGGUUUACAGUUCAGUUUCACAAUCCAUUAUUGAAUCAUAAUAAUGCUUCAUCAGAUAGUAUGACUAAGUAGGCAAUACAUAUUUUAUUUACAGCUACAUUAGACCUGUGUAGAACUGACCUUUAAUAUUUUCUAUUCCCAUUUUUGUUCCGGACAUUACAACCAUGUCGUAUGUAAUUAGUAGGGAUCAAGUACAGUUUGUUACAGUUAUUUUUACAAUUAUGUAAUUUUGAUGUGUAAAUGCUUUUUAGGAGAGCAGUACAUAAAUCCCAAGUCCAAAAUCAAGUGUAAUGAAAAUUCAGAGUCAACAUAAAAUCAUGCCUUUCGUUUUUCAAAGUUUCUUUUGAAAGAGACGCUAACAUCAUUUUAAUUUUCUUGUCAGCUUCUUAUGGUAGUUAUUAAUGAUUGUUUGGCACUAGAUAGUUCCGUGUUAAUGGCAGGUAUCGGUCCUGCGGUAAGAAACAGUUUGAAUGUUUGUAUUUAUAGUUUUUGAUUGUCAGCAGGUUUUAAGAAGGAUGGAGUAAAUAUGUGAAAUUUGUAAUCCCAUCUGUCCAGUAAUUAUGUUUUGAGGUUGUUUAUUUAUAUGCUGGCCAUAUAUCCUGAUAUAUAUCCCCAGACAGUAAUCGAGACCCGAAGAGAGAUAUUCAUCCCUCCUCCAUUCAUGUCUAGAGAAACAAGAUACUGAAUUGUUCAGGGUAAUCAAAGGGUCAUGUUGGUAGUACAAGAGGACCUCUCCUUUACGGUUGAAUAUUUUGUACAUAUGUCAUUUUUUUAAAUGUUUUUUUCAGCAUAGUUUUAUCAAUUAUUUUAGCUUUGUGGGCUGUGAGAAGAAUCUGUGAAUACAAUGAGAUUCCUUCAGAACUAGAACUGAACUAGUGCUUUAACACCAUAACCAUGUACAUGAUAGUACUGAAGACCUUCAUUUUAACACUUUCUUCCCUUUUGGAACCUAUUUAUUAUUAGGUCUUAGUGUGAUAUAGAAUGAAAUAAAACUUUGAAGAAA